AUGGGGCUGGAGGAUGAGCAAAGGAUGCUGACUGGGUCCGGAGAGCCCAAGGAGAAGGAAGAGGAGGAGGAAUUAGUGGAUCCCCUAACAACAGUGAGAGAGCAAUGCGAGCAGCUGGAGAAAUGUGUAAAGGCUUGGGAGCGGCUAGAGCUCUGUGAUGAGCAUGUAUCCUCCAGGUCACUGACAGAGGAGGAUUGCACAGAGGAGGUCUUUGACUUCUUGCAUGCAAGGGACCACUGCGUGGCCCACAAACUCUUUAACAGCUUGAAAUAAGUGUGACGAUUCAUUCACCCCAGCCUUCAUCACCUGAGCGUCGGGAUAUUUCCUUAUGGUUUUGAACAUGCCAUUUGUUUCUUAUUUGUAUAACUAAGUUCAUGUGAACCUCAAG